AUGCAUGAUGAUGAUUUAUUUCGUUUCGUUGCUAUCGGAAAUGUCGUGACAAGUACUCUAACCAUUGUUUCCAUCACUUUUUUUAUUCCAAUAUUCACAGCUAAAAUUGCAAAUGAAACAACGGAGACACAAGUGUUGGUCAAAAAAUUUCAGAAAAGGGCGAACGAGAUAUGGUUAAACCUGAAGAAUAUCAAUGCACCAAGAUUUCGUAAAAAACUGCCGUAUCAUCGGACUAUGCGGUCAUUUUGGCAUGGAUGUUAUUCGUUGGCAUGUCCGUAUGGACCACCUGGACCACCAGGUCCUUCAGGAUUGGAUGGUUUUCCUGGUGAUGCGGGAAAACACGGGAAACCAGGCCUGGACGGUUAUGAUAUACAACUAGAACCGGAACCUGAUCUUCCAUGUGUUCUUUGUCCCACUGGUCCACCGGGACAACGAGGUUCACAAGGUGAACGAGGACGAAGAGGUGAACCAGGAUUGAAAGGUGCAAUUGGAGAACAUGGAAGGCCUGGGAUGAAAGGUUAUCCCGGCAGGAUGGGGAAUGAAGGAAUGCGUGGGAAGCAAGGGAUACGAGGACCUCAAGGACCAGUAGGCGAUUCAAUCAUCGCAGGAAGUGGAAUUAAAGGUGCGAAAGGGCCAACAGGUUUGAUGGGCCCUAAGGGCCCGAUGGGUAUACCGGGAAAACCCUCCAAACUGUUUGGUAAACCCGGUAAUCCAGGUAGCCCUGGUCGCGUUGGUUCUUACGGUAAUCCAGGGCAUAGAGGGGACGAAGGAUCAUGGGGACCAUCCGGUGAACCAGGUAAACCUGCCGAAUACUGUCCAUCAGAUUGCGGAAUUUCCAAGAUCUACUACGCUCCAAUUGGAUCCGAGCAAGAAAAACCUUCAUUUGAUAAGUAUAGUAACAGAGAAAUAUUUGUAUCAGAUAUCUGGCCCGAAGCAUGGACUUGA